AUGGCUGUGCGCGGCGCCAACACCUUGACGCCCUUCUCCAUCCAGGCAAUCCUCAACAAGAAAGAGGAGCGCGGCGGGCCGCCCGCACCGGAGGGGCGCCCGGGGCCCGGGGGCACCGCGGCGGCGGCGGCUGAGGCUCCCGCCGUCUGCUGCUGGCGACUCUUCGGGGAGACAGACGCGGGCGCCCUGGGGGGCGCGGAGGACUCUCUGCUGGCGUCGCCGGCGGGGACCAGAACGGCUGCAGGGCGCACCGCGGACAGCCUGGCUGGUUGGGACUCGGACUCGGCGCUGAGCGAGGAGAACGAGGGCGGGCGGCGCUGUGCGGACGCGCCGGGGGCCAGCGGGGCCGGCCGCGCCGGGGGGACGCCGGGCCGCGGCCAGCCGGUCUGCGAGCUGCCCGCCGCCAAGGACCUGGAGGAGGAAGCGGCAGGCCGGAGCGACAGCGAGAUGUCGGCCAGCGUCUCAGGCGACCGCAGCCCGAGGGCCGAGGACGACGCCGUUGGCCCCGGAAGCGCACGCGUCCCCGCGCUGUGCGGCAGAGGCGGCGGCGGCGGCCCGGCGGGCGGCGCGGAGGAGGAGGAGGAGCCCGCGGCGCCCAAGCCGCGCAAGAAACGCUCGCGGGCCGCCUUCUCGCACGCGCAGGUCUUCGAGCUGGAGCGCCGCUUCAACCACCAGCGCUACCUGUCCGGGCCGGAGCGCGCCGACCUGGCCGCGUCGCUGAAGCUCACCGAGACGCAGGUGAAGAUCUGGUUCCAGAACCGUCGCUACAAGACCAAGCGCCGGCAGAUGGCCGCCGACCUGCUGGCCUCUGCGCCCGCCGCCAAGAAGGUGGCGGUGAAAGUGCUCGUCCGCGACGACCAGAGACAGUACUUGCCCGGCGAGGUGCUGCGGCCACCCUCGCUGCUGCCGCUCCAGCCCUCCUACUACUACCCUUACUACUGCCUCCCCGGCUGGGCGCUCUCCACGUGUGCAGCCGCCGCGGGCACCCAGUGAGCAGAUCGCCGCGCCCCAGCUCCGGACGACCGCGGACGGCUGUGCAGGUUGCGCGCUCUGCACGAGGGCGCCCCGCCGAGGGGGCACGUGCAGGAUGAAAUCCAGCCCGGGCUCAAACUUCCAGGAGGGCGCCCUGGCCGCGGGACCGAGUCUGUCCAGAGAGGGCGCUUUUUCUAAACGGAACAGAGGCACCCUAAGCCCUAGGGGCCUGGCUCCCCUGUCGCCUGCCUGGAAACUCUUGGACGUUAUUUAUUAUCACUACAGAGUUGGAUGUGGAUUGUCUGUGCCAGGAGACCAUGUUUCCCUGGAGCGGAAAGAACUCCUGGAGACCACAUAGCCUGAAUGCCCGGAAUUUCAGGCUAGCCGGGAGCUUCGUGCGCUAGGCCACAAUAGUUCAUGGUAUCCAUGCUACCAAUCUAUGUGUAUCUACAUAUCUAUUUUUUUUUUUUUUGGAAAUUGCAUUUGUAUUAAAGAGGUGCGGAACCCUGGCAGCCCCAAGGAGCCCCAAGCCAUGGGGUUGAUGUGAACCCUGAAAGAUUUGGUUUUGGGGCCCUCUGCCCCACGCCUCUCCACGUCAGAGCUCUGGUGGGGAUGCCCUAUUGGGUGCUGAAUGUAAAGACGGGAGCCUCUGAGCACAGGGCAGGGCAGAGACUCCCCCGGAAUCUUUCCUCUCUGAAGUCCAGGGCCGCGGCCAACUGGGGAGCUUCCUGGGAACCCCCCACCCCAACCGGGAGAGAGCAAACCCAGCAGCCCUUCGCAGAAACUUUCCUGUAUUUCUUUUUAUUUUUUUAAAGGAGGUUAAAACUUGUAGCACUUUUCAGUUGUUUGUAUUCAAAUAACGGUUAUUUUUGCAUUCAAUGUGAAUAUCCCUGACCAGCCUUUCCAUGGCAUCCCCCCCCCGCAGUAUCGCCCCCCCCCACUCUGUCCCUGACUCCAAGACUCCUGCGUUCUGACCCAGGAUUCUCUCAUCCCUUUCCUUGCCCAGAAGACAGAUGGUCCUGUCAACCUCGUCGCUUUUUGCCUCUUUAA